AUGGUAGUUACGGACGCGGUGGAAGAGCGCCCAGAGGUGGAGGGCCGCCUGGCGCAUACAGACCACCACCUAUGGACGGAUCAUCGCGUUAUCGCUCCCCACCGCGCCGAAUGUCGCCUGAUCGAGGACACUGGGGUCGAGGAAGAGGUGGAGGCGGCCGUGGUGGACGAGGGGGUUAUGGAGGACGACCCCGGUCGUACACACGAUCUCGCAGUCGAUCACCACGGCGAAGCAUGUCGCGGUCUUCUUACAGUCGGUCUCCAUCCAGAACACCACCAAGACGAAGCGGGCGAGGAGGCUACGGCAGGCGGGAUAGUCUGCCAAGGAGAGGAGGCCGUGGAGGCGGAGGAAGGAGAAGUCCCAGUUAUAGCUCCUAUGGAAGCGACCGUAGUCGGAGUCGGGACCGCAGAUGAGGAAUGCGAACCUUUGGCUGCUAUCUUUUGGGAAGGCCUGGUGAGAUCUGUAUGUUCACGUAGGAGAAUAUUCUUUUAG